UACUGUCAUCUUCACUAUCAACAUUAUAUAUCCAGUCAUUGAAUUUUUUUUUCUCUUUAUUUAAUAUAAAUAGUCAUACAAAUACAAUUUUUAUAUCCAUUUGGUAACUGACUAAUCACUCAUUAUGGAUAUAUCUAGAGCGACGAAUGACAGGAAGCUAUAUCUUUGCAAGUGGUAUUUUCGUGUCGGAUUUGCUUUGCUGCCAUUCAUCUGGGCGGUGAACACCGUUUGGUUCUUUGACGAAGCAUUCAGAAAGCCAGCAUAUGAUGAACAGAAAUCCAUUCGAAAAUAUGUGAUAUUUUCUGCGAUAGGCGCUCUAUUGUGGGCAAUCGGUCUGGCCGCUUGGAUAACUAUUUAUCAAACGAAUCGCGUUGCGUGGGGAGAAUUCGCAGAUAGCAUUAGUUUCAUAAUACCACUCGGUACAGCGUAGUGAAUUUUCAGUUUUUUUUAUAAUCACUCUAUAUGUAAAAAAUUUUAAGCAUUGUUAUGUCAAAUGUUUGUGCUCGUGUGUGUGCAUUAUUUCACACAUUUCAAAAAGACUAAUGAAAUAACAUGUAGUAAAUAAAA